AUGGGAUUUAAGUCGGCAGUAAAACCGAUGGAUUUCAAAACUGGACCGAGAGGCGUCGAUACUUCUGAAGCCACACAAACUAACUCAGCAUCAAUGAGCUGCAAUCCUUCUCACCAGGGUGAACAAAGAAAGUCAGUAAAAAGUUAUCGUGCGAAGCAGUAUAAGCGCGUUCGAGUGGUACUGCCAUGCGGAGUGAUUAAAUCGAUCGCAGAGAAGUUACGAGUUUAUGAUGAUGAUGCACUACCGAUCGAUAUUUAUUUAUCCUCCUUUGAUGUUCAUCCAGCCACUAAACUACCGAAUGCGGCACUUUUCAUAAAGUAUCCGAAAAAACGAGGUGGUGAACCGUUAGCGCUAUCAACAACACCAGUCACAAAUCGAUUCGCUCAAUCGGCUUGA